AUGGGAAUGCAAUGCCCAAUCUGUGAAACUCAGUCUCACGUCUUUUAUUGUGCCCACUGCAUCAAUUCUAGUCCAGAUUUAUUGAUCAGGUUAAAGUUUGACCUCUACAUAUUAGGGAAGAUAAAUAACGCACUUAGAAAUAAAGUUGACCAGUAUUUGGAAGAAGUUGAUGAUGAGCUUAACACGAAUAUUAGAAAUGGCGAACAGUUAGAGAGCAAUAUAGGUGUUCAAAUAUUAAAGGAACGCUUGGGCAAAGUGCAAGUACUGAGGAAGGAGAGACAGAACAACAAGAUUAAACACAAGAUCUCUCAACAAGAUCGUAGGAUCAAGGAGAAAAGUCGAUAUAUUGCCGAGUUACGAUCUUUAAUUAAUGGCCCACCCAAGAACCAAAACAGGUUCACUGACCCGCAGACCAUAUUGAAAGCCCAGAAACAACUUCAGGAUAAACUUGAAAUUGCUAAGAGGCUAAGUAUACAAACUAGAUCAGAGAAAUUAGCUAUGCUAAACAAAUGGUAUUCAAUCCGCAAAAGAGACUCUCAUGAUAUACCAUUCACUAUAUCGUAUCAGCCCGUCAUUUCAUUGAAGAACUUUAAUCGACUUCCUCUUCCCUUAAUAGAAGGUUCACUUCGAAAGCUUAUACAAUAUAUGAACUUGCUAGAACACAUUUACUGUAUUAAAUAUCCUUCUGCGAUGUUUGUUCACGAAGAUGAAAUGCUGUCUCUCCAAGGUCACAGCGCUAAGCUUAAACGCAACGCACCAGAAUUAUUACAAGUUUUGAUAAAACUGAUACAAAUGAUACUUGUUGUUAUGACACGCUCAAAGCUUAUCGAUGAACGGAAACAAAACAUUGACUAUGCAUGGAUCCUUGAUCAGUACGAUAUAGAUGGCCUGUUCUACCACAUGGCAAUGUCAAUACCCAUAGACACUAAAAGUGGGGCCAAAAAUAUCCAAUGGAGUACUGACCGUUUAGUAGAUAUAGUGUGCUCAUCACUGGGUGCUGAAAAGGAAGAAGUAUUGCUCAAGGAUCACAAAAAAUUAGAGCCGCCUACCGAUAAAAAAUACGAAGUUAGUGAUAGAUGGUAUAUUGUAGGUUAA